AUGAGAGAAAUAGUUCACGUGCAAGUUGGACAAUGCGGAAAUCAAGUUGGAACAAAGUUCUGGGAAAUGAUAUCUCUCGAGCAUGGAAUCGAGCCGGAUGGAAGUUACACUGGAGGGACAAAAGAACUUCAAUUGGACAGAAUCAGCACUUAUUACAACCAAGUACUUGGAAAAACGUAUGUUCCCAGGGCGAUUUUGGUUGACCUUGAGCCUGGAACAAUGGACGCUGCAAAAUCGGGAUUAUUUGGAAAACUCUUUAGACCUGAUAACUUUGUUUACGGCCAAGGAGGUGCUGGAAACAAUUGGGCUAAGGGUCACUACACGGAUGGAGCAGAGCUUUCAGAAAAUGUUCUUGAUGUAAUCAGAAAGGAAACAGAAAACUGCGACAGCCUUCAGGGUUUCCAAGUAUGUCACUCCCUCGGAGGAGGAACGGGGUCUGGAAUGGGAACUCUGCUUCUCUCCAAAAUAAAGGAAGAGUACCCAGACAGAAUGCUCUCAUCAUUUAGUGUGGUGCCAAGUCCCAAAGUUUCGGACACAGUCGUGGAACCUUACAAUGCAACCUUGUCUAUCCACCAACUUGUGGAAGUCGUGGAUAAUACAUUUUGCAUCGACAACGAGGCACUUUACGACAUUUGUUUUCGGACUUUAAAAUUAACUUCGCCCACAUAUAACGACUUGAAUCAUCUAGUCGCGUUAACAAUGUCAGGGGUUACUACAAGUCUGAGAUUUCCGGGACAGCUGAAUGCCGAUCUAAGGAAAUUGUCAGUAAAUAUGGUACCAUUUCCUAGGCUUCAUUUUUUCGUUCCUGGAUUUGCGCCUCUGGUUGCCAGGUCUUGUCAACAAUACUCAGCACUCUCUGUUCCUGAACUAACACAACAGAUGUUCGAUCCGAGGAACAUGAUGGCAGCUUGCGAUCCACGACAUGGAAGAUAUUUGACUGUGGCAAUGAUUUUCCGUGGGAAGAUGUCCAUGAAGGAAGUUGACAAUCAAAUUAGCAAUAUUCAGAGCAAAGAAAGUGCCUACUUCGUCGAGUGGAUUCCCAACAAUAUCAAAUCAGCCGUUUGCGAUAUUCCGCCAACGGGUAUGAAAAUGUCGGCCACUUUCCUGGGAAAUACCACGGCAAUUCAGGAACUCUUCAAACGAAUAUCCGAGCAAUUUAGUGCAAUGUUUAAACGCAGGGCCUUCAUGCAUUGGUAUACUGGAGAAGGCAUGGACCCGAUGGAAUUCACAGAGGCAGAAUCGAACAUGAACGACUUGAUUUCAGAAUAUCAACAGUACCAGGAAGCUACAGAAGACGACGAUUAUGCCGAUGAACAGUGUAGUGUGGAAGAGGAUGCUGAUUAGCUUCAUCAUCAAAAUUCGCUUUUUUUGUUCAUAUAGGUGUUUUGAGAAUAGUUCGUUUUAUUAAUUUAUUAUGUGGAUCUACGUGAAAUCAUUGUUUUUUUUUUAUAAAUCGAUACCUUGUUAAGAAUAAUUGUUGUAGUGAUCGAGUAUUAAAAUUUAACUGCUUUGUUGAUUUUCAGUAAAUGUAGUAUAUCUUAAAAUCUAUUUAUUGAAUGCAUGU